AUGGAUAUAAAUGUGACUGCGUUUAGACAACACUUCAUGCAGCAUACUAAUAUUCACCGGAUAAAAUGGUUUCGCAAAAACAUGACUAUCGAAUCUAUUCUAUUUAAAAACAACGGAUUUAAGGGCAAACAUAAAGAAAUCGAGAUUGAAUUGAUUUGCAAACUGAUAAUGAUCAAAUAUCCCUAUAUGCUGUAUCCCGGAACAGAUAAUAAUAAACCGUUUAAAAAAUAUAUUUUACAUUGUAGAAAGUUUUGGAGAUCCAACCAAAUAUUAUUGAAUAUGUUGUUAAAGUCAAUAAGCCCGAUUUUAUAUAAAUCUAUUCUUACAGGUUUGCAAAAUGAAAACUGUAACAAUGAAAUCGAAAACGAAUGCAAAGAGACUGUUGCUGCAUAUAACAAUGAAGAUCUUUUGAAAAUAUAUAAGAAAUUCGUAAAAUACAUUUUAACACUUAUUGGAACGAAAAGUACAGAGCUAGUCUUUACAGAAAUCUACAAUCAUGCAGAUAUAUCCGACUACUUUUCAUAUAUGAAUAAUAAACGCCACCGACAUAAUAUUUUAAAUUAUUAUAUUGAAUUAUUCAUUUAA